AUGUCCACUGAUAGAGAGUAUCAAAAGCUACAGCUUAAAAAGCAGGAUCUGGAGCGGGCGCUAGAAGAACAGGGUGAUCGGGUGACCAACGCAUUUGAGAGGAUGAAGAAGGCAGAGACUUUGGCAAACGAGUUCCAGAUCAAGUUGAGCCAGAGCCGAGUGGAUUAUUCCCAACUUGAGCGAUUGAACGCAAAUCUCGAGAAGCAAGUGAAGGAACUCAAUGUGCGGAUUGUGGAUCUAGAAACCAGGGCGUUCGCAAAGUCAUCGCAGCCGUCGACUGUAUCAAGACGGGGAGCUGCUGACACGCGGAUUGAGGAACUGACUAGCCAACUGCAUCAGGCAUCCAACAAAAACGAGGCUUCACGUCUUUUGCGUGAUGCCAAGUUCCAGCAGGGUGAGAGCGAGAGGCUUCGGAUUAAAUUUGAAGAGGAGCGUAGAGGGUAUGAGAGUCAGAUCCAGCAGCUGCGGCAGACGAUGGACACGAUGCAAACACAAGAGAGUGACCUACAGUCUGCUAAACGGCGUGCUGAGAGAGACGCCGGAGAUUACAAACAGAAGGCAUUGACGCUACAACAUGAACUGGAACGCCUGCGGAAUAAAUUAGACAGGCCGUCAUCAGCUUUGGGCUCACCGCUAAGUUCACCUCGUAAAUGA